GCCGGUAGCCCGGCGCCCGGGAAGGAUGGAGCGCGAGGCGCAGUUGCUGUGCGCUGCAGGAGGCUUCGGCCGGGCUCGGCGCCUGCUGGCCGCCGCCUCGUGGCUGCCCUGCGUGGCACUGGGGCUGGCGCUGAGCUCCGAGCCGCUGCUCACCGCGCGGCCCGCGCACCACUGCCGGCCAGACCCGGCGUUACUGCCGCCCUCGCUGCGUGCCCUGCGCGGGCCGGCGCUGCUCCGUGCCAGCGUGCCGCGCUUGGGGCCCGCGCGCGCCCCGAGCCCAUGCCUGCUCCUGCGCUACCCGGUGCCUGGCGCCCGCCCGAGCUCCGCGCCAGCGCCCUCCGGCACGCGGCCCUGCACUCGCGGCUGGCUCUAUACGCUCCCCGCUGCCGGCCUGCUGCGCAGCCCCGUCACCCAGUGGGACCUGGUGUGUGAAGACAGCUGGAAGGUUCCACUGGAGCAGAUGUGCCACUUCCUGGGCUGGCUGCUGGGCUGUGUCCUUCUAGGUACAGGGUGUGACAGGUUUGGCCGCCGGGCUGUUUUUGUGGUCUCCCUGGUGCUGGCCACAGUCCUUGGAGCCAGUGAAGCCCUGGCUGCCAGCUUCUAUGCCCUCCUGGCCCUGCGGUUCCUCCACGGGGGCACCUUGGCAGGGGCCUUCCUUGCCCUUUAUGUGGCUCGCCUGGAGCUCUGUGACCCCCCACACCGCCUGGCCUUCUCCAUGGGGGCUGGCCUUUUCUCAGUGGUGGGCACCUUGCUGCUGCCUGGGCUGGCCAUGCUGGUGCAGGACUGGCGCCUUCUGCAGGGCCUGAGCGCCCUGGUGACUGGACUCUUGCUGCUCUUCUGGGGGUUCCCAGCCCUGUUCCCUGAGUCUCCCUGCUGGCUUCUGGCCACAGGGCAGGAGGCCCAAGCCAGCAGGAUCCUGUGGCACUUUGCGGAAGCUAGUGGCGUGAACCCUGAGGACAGCUCCUCAGAGGAGAACUCCCUGGCUACAGAGCUUGCUGUGCUGUCUGCAGGCAGCACGCAGCCCCAGUACCAUUCCAUCCUGGGGCUCCUGCAUACCCGCGCCACCUGGAGGAACGGGCUCAUCCUGGGAUUCAGCUCGCUGGUCGGUGGGGGCAUCAGGGCCAGUUUCCUCCGCAGCCUGGUGCCAAGCGAGCAGGCCUUCUACCUGCCCUACUUCGUGGAGGCCGGCCUGGAGGCCACCGCCAGUGUUCUCCUGAUCCUGACGGCCGAUCGCUGCGGACGGCGUCCUGUCCUGCUGCUGGGCACCAUGGUUGUAGGCCUGGCAUCCCUGCUGCUCCUUGCUGGGGCUCAGUACCUGCCAGGCUGGACCACGCUGUUCCUUUCUGUCCUGGGGCUCCUGGCCUCCCAGGCUGUAUCGGAGCUCAGUGUUCUGCUUGCAGCUGAGGUCUUCCCCACAGUGAUCAGGGGAGCCGGGGUAGGCCUGGUGCUGGGGGCCGGGUUCCUGGGCCGGGCUACUGCCCCGCUUACUGACAUUCAUGGCCGGCGGGGCUUCUUCCUGCAACACGUGGUCUUCACCUCCCUGGCCAUCCUCAUCCUACUCUGUGUCCUGCUGCUGCCUGAGACCCGUGGCCAGGAGCUGCCCCAGUCACUGGAGGAUGCUGACCGCCUACAACGCUCCCCACUCCUGCUUGGUUGUCCCCACCAGGACCACCUGCCUCUACUGCUGCCCUCUCAUUCGGAGUGAGCUGCCACAGCCCAGCAGCACUCCUGUCACUGGGUGGCCUCUGUGAGCCAAGAUGAGGGCCACAGCUGAGCAUCCAGAGGCUGGCCAGAGCUGCCACAGCCGGGCAGACACGUUCUUGCCAAGAUCACUGUCAGUGAAGGCAGGGAGGCUGUGGGCAGCAGGAGGGGGUCCUCACCAGGCCUCUUGCUCCUGGGGGGCUGACCUGGGUCUUGUCCAGGGGCAUGUCCACCAGGUGUGCAGGACAGAGGCAGCCAUGGAACAGGGCAUAUGCCCACUCUUCCUUAGGCUGCUCCCUGGGUGAGGCAGGACUGGCCUCUGGCCUCACCAGCAUGGCCAGAGCCAGGUUGGACCCUCUCACCUUCCUCUGCCCCAGCUGAUGAUAUGGGGGUGGGCGGCUCCCUGUGGGCACAGCCUGCCUGGCAGAGCCCUUUCUUGGGGACAGGGGCCAUGGUGCCCUCGUGGAUACUGUGGUGUUGGGCACUGAGUGCACUGGAUAAACUAGCAAGAUUUUAAUUCCGAUUCACCCAUGCGGCUCUUGCUUCCAUACAGAGGUGCAGGCCACCAAUGGGAGGCAAAGAUGGGGGUGACCCACUGAGGACAAUGAGCAGCUCUCCUCACUCCAGCAGGAGGGUGCCACCUCCCGCAGCUCACUCCACACUCCAGGUUCUGCCCCCAAAUCCAGUCCUGCCGUGGGAGAAAGAGGCCAGAGGAGGCGGGCCCUGGAGAGUCACCUUGCCAUGCACAAGCUACCAGGUGCCUGCUGGGCCUUCACAGGUACCGGUGUCCCCAGGAGAAUGUCCCCUCCCUGGCCAGGUGGCCACAUCCAAACAGCACAUCCCACUCAUGGCCUUGGCCCUCAUGGAUGCCCAUACAUGUCUGCCAGCCGGGCAAAGCGGGGCCCCCAGUCCCUGAGGUAGUCAUAGUCCUGGUCCUCGUCACCAAGGCUGGACAGGAUGGAACUCAGCGUCCCUGCCACAGAGCCGUCCCCCUCGUAGUCAUAUA